UCAAAUGGUUUAAGGACAGCCAACUUAAAGUACAAUGGGGAGAAGAUAGAGACAUAUUUUAUCCAAGCAACGAGGACAAAAACAAAGUACGUAUAAAAACUACAUUAGGUAUACAUGGGAGUGGAACUUACCCUGUACAUAAAGUGACGAGAUAGUGACUGAAAAUGCUGCUGGAUUUGACAAAAAUGCAGUUUAUGGUGGCAUUUUUGCUGGUAACAAUUAGAGGUAAUCUAGAUGAUAAAUUCCUGUUGAGCAUUUGUAAGCAAAUACCGGGGAACAAUGUGCAUGCGCUUGGGAUUCAGCUCGGGAUCAGUGAUGCUGAUAUCCAAAAUAUAAAGUCAAGUGAUCAACAUGUCGCUGGAAAUUGGGCAUACCAGGUUUUAAAUCUGUGGAAACAAAGACGAGAAAAGCAUGAAAACAUUCAGAGGCUACUUGCAGAAGCACUUAGAGAAAUAGGAAGAGUGGAUCUCGCACAUCAAGUUCUCGAAUAUAAAAGAUCUAAAAAGGUUGGAAGCAGUUCAAAAUAUUCUGACGAACAAGUGGGGGAAGACGAAAGGAGUCAUACUGAAGAAAGUAAUGAUCGAAGAAAAACUGCUGAGACAACUGAUUUUUCGUUGCCUGGAGGUAUUAUGAUUGCGUUAACAUUGGUCAUAUUGUCUAUAGUGGCAUGUGCAUGCAGAAAAGUUAGGGUACCGGAUUGCACCAAGACAUUCAACAAAAUGGCGGGUAUGUCAGCUCCUAUUAAAUGGGAAUUGAUGUUUCAUGAUAUUAGCUUAACAGAAGGGGAGUUCAAAAAACUUGGCAAAAAGUUUGGAUUUGACGAAGGACGCCUAAGUAAUAUGCAAAGUAGUUGUAAGCAUGACGCGGAAGCGUGGUCUCCGGCGAUGUUAACAAAGUGGUGGCAGAGACAGGACGGAGAUGAUGCAACUAUUUGGAAAAAAUUGGUUGAUGGGCUAGAGUAUAUAGAAAGAUUUGACAUUGUUCGAGAUUUAAGAAAAAAUCACAAAAUAACUUAUUAGACGAUAC